UGAGCCGAGCCGAGCCGAGCGCGGCGGCGGCGGCCCGAGCCGCGGGGAGCCGGGCGGUGUCCGUCGCUCCGCGACGCCUCACCCUCGAGCGGGUUUCUCCUCAGGGAGCGUUUCCCUUCCCCACGGCGCGGACAGGAGCCCCCAUCCCUUCCGCCGCCCCUCAGGCAAAGCCCCCUCAGCUCUCCGGGCAGCGCCUCGCCGCCCUCAGCCCGCCUCUCCUGCCAUGGCUCUCUGCCGCCGCCUGGCCCGGCUGGCCGCUCACCUGCAGGACCCGCGGAAAGUGGCCGCCUUCCAGCGGCUCUGCGGGGUGGAGGGGCCUUCGGGCUGGGCCGCCGCGGAGCAGCGAGCCGGGGGCCGGGGAGCGGUGGUUAACGGCGCCCCCCCGGGCGCAGAGCAGGCGGGCGGGCAGAGGCAUCCUGCCGGGAACGGGACGGUGCCCGGCGGCGCGGGGUCCCCGCAGCGCUGGAGGAGGAGGCCGCGGCGCAACUCGCUCACGGAGGAGGACGGCAGCCAGGAGUUCACCACCCGCAGCCGCUUCCUCUACUAUCUGUUCAGCCUGGGCACGGAGUUGGGCAACGAGCUCUUCUACAUCCUCUUCUUCCCCUUCUGCAUCUGGAACUUGGACGCCUGGCUGGGCCGGAGGCUGAUCAUCAUCUGGGUGUGGGUGAUGUACGUGGGGCAGUGCACCAAGGACGUGAUCCGCUGGCCGCGGCCCGCCUCCCCGCCCGUGGUGAAGCUGGAAGUGUUCUACAACUCGGAGUACAGCAUGCCCUCCACCCACGCCAUGUCGGGCACCGCCAUCCCCCUGGCGCUCCUGCUGCUCAGCUACGGCCGCUGGCAGUAUCCCCUUAUGUUUGGACUGAUCCUUGCAUUCUGCUGGUGUUCUUUGGUUUGCUGUAGUCGAAUUUAUAUGGGAAUGCAUUCAAUUUUGGAUGUUAUUGCUGGAUUUCUGUAUGCUAUUCUUAUCCUGGUUGUCUUCCAUCCCGUUGUGGACCAGAUUGAUAACUUCAACUUAACUUACAAAUAUGCACCCUUAAUUAUCAUAAGUCUCCAUUUGGCCCUGGGCAUCUUCUCUUUUACUCUGGACACCUGGAGCACAUCCCGAGGAGACACAGCUCAGAUUCUGGGCUGUGGUGCUGGAGUAGCCUGUGGCUCUCACGUUAACUACAUGAUGGGUCUGCAGCUUGAUCCUCCUCCUGAAACCUUACCGUUAUCUCUUUCCUCUCUCACUGUGACUGUGUUUGGAAAAGCCAUAUUGCGGUUGUUGAUUGGAGUAAUAGUUCUGUUGUUAACAAAAGUAGCCAUGAAAAAAGCCACUAUUCCACUGGCAUGUAAGAUAUUUUGCAUACCACAUGACGAUGUUCGGAAAGCAAGACAACGCAUGGAAGUUGAGCUUCCCUAUCGCUAUAUUACCUAUGGAAUGGUAGGGUUCUCCCUCAUGUUUAUUGUUCCUUGCCUUUUCCAUUUUAUUGGUCUCUCUUGAUGCAGUUUUAUCAUUUUAAAUAGGAAGAGGAGAGCUAGUUGCUUUUUGACGAGGUGCACUAGUUUGCUAAGGGAAGGCCAGUGAGCUCGGCUUUGGCAGGGACUUCACUUUAACAGCAAUAUGUAGCAGGCAAAGCAUUUAAAGAGCUUCGCACAUCUUUGGGGAUGGUAUGGGGCCAGAAGUCAAAUAUCAGUCCACGAGAAGUGCUGAGCUCUAUAAAUGCCACGUCUGGACUUACUGCUGUAACAAAGUCUGUGUGUAUGUGAGAUGCAAUGAAUGUAUCUGGAAUGUCUGUCAUACUGCACCUCUCUACACUGAUAUUUUAACAAGUAUGUCUGACAGCUCAUCAGAAAGCUCCAUUCAUGAUCUGUAUGCCAUUUCAUAGUAAUUUAUUCAAGUUGUUGGACCAUAGACUGCUAAAUUUGCUUUCCUCUUAUUUCCCCAAGCCCUGCUUCAAGAUGUUUCAGCUAAUAGGCAUUUCUAACGGACCAAACUACGUUGAAUUUUUCUAAAGAACAAACAGAAGCCUUUUUCUUUAGUCCCCUCUACAGGAUUGGCAUUGGUAGAUAUCACUAGAGUAUAUAUGAUUCAGGUACUGUAUUUUAUGGUUUAAUAACUGUGCCUUUCUGUUGCUAAAUUAAGAAAUGCCAUAUAUACUGUGAUGUAAAAAUGCCUGAUUUUAUUUAAAAUACUACAUAGUUAGGCAGAUAUUUUUAAAUGUUAGAUUGUCCACAUUGCUGGCAUGGUUCUAGUUAAUGGGAAUAUUCAGUUUAGCCUGAUCAAAACUGCAUAAGUGAAAUGACCCAAGAAUCACAUCCUUUAGCUCAAGAUGUGGUAAAUGGACAAGAAUCCCUUUUGUAUGUAUUUUUAAUGUGUAUUGUAAGUAACUGGAAGAGGAUCUAUUUUUCUGGAGAUUGUUUAUACUGUGGACAGAUAUUCAAAAUUAAUUACCUAAACAUAUAAACAAUAAAACUACCCCAUUCUGCAAAGAAAUGGGCCUGAUUUAUUAUUCCAAGCUAAUUUAGAAAGACCAUUGUUUUUAGGUAUUGGUUAGAAAAUAUAAUACUUAUUCUGGGAAAAAUAUAUGUAUUUUUAUGCAUUAACAUACUAUAUUUAAAGGUGAUAAUCGCUUUUACCCUAUUUAGAUAGCUAGAAGACAAUAUAAUAAUAAUAAUUAACUUUUUAAUCACUCUGAUGGGCAGGUGGUGAGCAGUCAGGACAGUACAGUCAAUGCAUAAAUGAUUCGUGCAUAUCUCAAUUUUACUGAAUUAUUAUGCACUUUUCAGCUUUUCAUGAUCCUUUUUCCAGUGAUGAGUAGAAUAUGACCCUUGAACUGUAAUUUCAUGUGCCCUCCUUGUCUUUCAUUUUGUCCGUGUUAAUGUGUUGCCCAAUCUGUUCUUACCACGUCAAAAACUGUCAUAUUGCAGCAAAAACUGUCUUAUUGUUCAGCCAGACAUGAAUUAUUCAGUUUCGUAUUGUACAUUUUUUUCCAGAAAAACAUAGUUUGGUUGGGAAGUACAGUGGUUAGAUAGAAUACAAAACUUACAGGUUUGUAAACAGUAUUUGGAGUUGGGAGGUUUUUGUAUUGGAGUUUAUAUCUCCAAACUGGUAAUAUGUAAAUUAACAAAAUUAACUUUGUGUCUCUUUCCUCAAAGCAGUGGAAGUUGUGGUACCCCGGCAUUAGGUGAUGUGAAAAGAGAACUUUUCUGAUGCAUUUCUUCAGUGCAUUCAGAACGCACUGCUAUGAAUGUAUUCAAACUGAUGUAUUCAGAAUUGAUAGCGUGUUAAACAACUAGAGAAAAGACCUUCCUUAGAAGAAAAUGGUUACCUUGUUUCAGUGCACAUUUCUGGAUUAUAUUUUAAAAUCUGUUCUUCUCUUGCAGUUUUCAUGCUGAAUGUGCAGUAGAAGGUAAAUUGAUGUGCAAGGUUUUGAGGGAGGGAUUUCCACUGGUUUGGCUUUGCACACUAAGGUCAUAAAUAAAUAGCUGGGGGGAAUGUACACAACAUGCCUUACAUUUAAAGCCUAAGCCAGUGAGGUAGUUCCAAUUAUAUUAAAUUAGUCUGAGGACUGGUGAAAAUAAUAGGAUAACUUCCUGUGAAAUUUAGGGCAUAUUCUCCUUAAACAUCCUGGCUUUACAGCUUGUAGCAAGAGUGUUUAAAUUCUAGCACAGAAGGGACAAGGUGAGCAAAACUAAUUUUUUAAGGUACGUAUUUGACUUCUAGGAACUGCAAGUUUACAGCCUCAGAGUAGUUUUAAAGCUGCCUUUUCUAGCUGUGCUUGCUCUGUUUUGCUUAUAAUGGAGAAGAAAAAUUACUGUGGAAGAUCUAGAAUGGGUGAAAAAAUCAUAUGCAGGUAGGGCUUUCAAUAGGCUAAGGAUAAUUGCACUGUAGUUUAUUCUAUUGUUACUCAUGAAUAUAUAUUUUCUAUUUUUAUACAUUACAUUGGGUAACUUCAAAAUGUCGUGUUCCAUAGAUCGCAUAGUCUAGUACACAGGAAAAUGUGUAUCAGAAUGUUUAUAUAGCACCUUUACAACCCUGUCUCUAAGACUGCGGCUGCUUCACUGAAGUUUACAUGGAAAAAGUUUUACUGGUCUCUUUUCAUGUUUUAUAAGGGCCUAGGCUCAAUAGGGCAGUUUAGCACAAUAUAUCAUGCAAUAUGAAUACUGCUAUGGAAUAAAGAAUAGCAGACAUGCAAAAAAAUUUAAAAAUCCAACUUAAAUAUGUGUAUUUUAGUAUUUUUUUGUUUAAUAAUAAGUUAAGAUUCCUUCCAGUCAGGCAUAACAAAACAGCAGGUAAACUGGAGCACUUUUUUGCCCUAAGCUAUUCCUAGAGUUGAACAUGAAAAACGUUUCUAGUAUGAGCAUCAGCUGGUACCAAAUUACUUAUAAGUAAAUUUAACAUAGCUUUAAAAGGUAGUUAAAUGUCUUUUCAGAAGGACAACACAAUUGAAACCUUUCAUGCCGUGGUGCAAAACCACAUUCAUAUGGCAGCGCUAAUGAACUGCCUCAGUUCCAGUUUGUAUAGUCCCGAAAAGAGAAAUACUAGUUUAUAGAAGCAGAUCUAGAUACACAUGUAUUACAAAAAGCUACGAGUUAAAUUUGUCUUAUUUGAUUACUGUAUGAAAUAAAACCUGAAACUAACUGUCACAUAGAGUGGAAUUUGGCAUGAAAUUCUGUUUUCCAAGAGGCUGAAGAGACUCAAAUUAGUCUUAGACUGCCUUAAACAUAGUAGCAGGAUUUGUUGCUGACCUGGCCCUCAAGCAGGGCUGACAUUUUUAUUGUAUCUUGGGUAAAUUUUAGGAUUUACUAUUUAAAAAAAAAAAAAUAUUAAAAAAUAAAAAAAGGUUUCAUGUUUAUAAAAAA